UACCACGCUGGGGGGCCUCCACCGUCGGAGGACUCCGAGCUCCGGCCCAUGGCGUUGACGGCGCCGGCGACGACGCUGGACAUCGACGAGAUCGCCUUUUCCGACCUCUUCCUCCUCUCGCCAGAACCAUCGGGAACAGCGGACGCCGACGACGAUGGCCGCCGCCGCCGCCUCCUGGCCACCGUCUGGGCCGCGCUCGGGCGCGGGGGCACCGGGCUGUUGGCCGUCGCCGGCGUCCCGCGCGCGGCCGCCCUCCGCCGCCGCCUCCUCCCCCUGGCCCGCCGCCUCGCCCUCAUGGACCAAGCGUCCCGCGCCCACCUCCUCAAGAAGCACGGUGUGGGCAGCGACGUGCCUCUGAAGAAGCCCGACAGGUCCGUCUCUUCAUUCGCGCAGCUCCUAAGGCAUGAUUCAGGUAAGAAAUUCCACUCGCUCAAGUCUCUGAGCGAUGCCGCCGGAAGCAUCAACACCAGGACUGGUUGUCCGGAGGUGAAACCGGCAGGAGCCGAUGGAUUUGGGGAACACACGUGUGAUGAUGACAUUGAGAAUCUUGGUGAGCUCUUUAAGGAGCUGGGUUUGUGCAUGAUGGAGAUUGGUAUCUUGAUUGCACGGGCUUGUGAUGUUGUUAUCGGUGGGAAUCAGCUGGAGCAGAGCAUUACUGACUUCGGGAGCGCCAAGGCGAGGCUCAUACAUUACCACUCCGAGUUGGAUAACAGGAUCAUCAAGGAGAAGAGCGCAAACAGAAGAAACUUUUUCGUAAAUAAUGCAGCAGCAGCAGUAACGCCUGUAUCUGAUCACAUCGAUAUGUCGUGUCAUCAAAGGCCAGGACCAGGAGGAUAUGGAUCUCGCAUGACACGACAAGAUGGGCAAGCUGUGGUUAUGUCAGGAGAAGAAAAGGAGGGCAGGGAUAUCGCGGUGCAAGGACAGAGCAGCAAUAUUUCUCUUGUAAACUUAUGGCAAGAGUGGCACUACGAUUAUGGAUUGCUGACUGUCUUAACGGCACCAUUAUUCUUGCGCUCUGCCCUCGGACAGGAAUGUCCAGUCAGCGAAGAAUGCUCUCUUCCUGAUGGGCACACACACCUGCAGCUAUUCAAUAAAAGGAGGAUAUUCUCGGUGAGAUGCUCCCAGGAGAGCUUCAUUGUUCAGAUUGGGGAGGCAGCAGACAUCUUGUCAGGAGGGAAACUUAGAUCUACACUUCAUGCUGUGAGUAGACCUUUAGGCUUGCCAAACAUAAGCCGGGAGACUUUUGUAGUCUUCGUACAGCCUUCAUGGGACAAAACUCUACCUUCCUCAGGUUACUCUUCUGCCGAUGAAGAUGAUUCAAGUGAUCACUUGGAAUCUACCUCCAGGAGUGAUGGAUCAGCCGGGUCUUGUAGUGAACAUAUGUUGAUGCAAGACAUUUUGAUGAAAAUCCCCCCUCUGUCCUCAAGGUUGAAAGAAGGCAUGACAUUUGCAGAGUUUUCUAGGCAGACAACAAAACAGUACUAUGGUGGUGGUGGCAUCCAACAAAACAGUUAACCAGAAGAACUAAUGUGAUGAAAAUGCAUCUCAUAGAAACCCAAGUGAAGUAUUUAGCUGUGCACUGUCUAUGAUGGGAAUCUACUUGGCAACAUUACUCCAUGUUAUGGUUCAAGAAUACAACAUUGCUGCUGAUAUUGGAUCGGUAACCGAUUGGUGCAACUGAACCGCUGAGAUUGAUUGAUCAAGAUGAAUGGCACGGAGAUGACUGGCACCCUUGAAGCUGCACUGUGGGAAAUUGCAGCUAUUGAAGAUGCACAAUGGAAUCUGAAGAGAGUGUAGGGUCGUUCAUGGUUAAUGUUAAUAAGUAGUAGUUUUUCGACUGUAACUUAUAUGCUCCCUCUAGCCCAAAUUACUUGUUGUAGAUUUAGGCAAAAUGUUGCCUAAAAUCUGUCUAGGUUCAUUAAUAUGUGACAGCUAAUUUAGAUCGGAGGAAGUAAGAUGCUUUUAUCUCGUGGUUUGGCAUUGAGAACUUUUAUUGUGAAUGAUUUCUAUGCACGAA